AGCGCGCCGCCGGAAGUCGCUGACCGUCAGCGGCACAAUGGCGGAACUUUCGGGUCCCACCCCGCCGUGUCGCAAGGGGGCGCUGCGCAGAGCGGCAGAGAGGGUGCUGCUCCCAUCGGGGUUCCCCCACAGCGUCAGCCCCGAUUACCUGCAGUACCAGUGCUGGGACAGCGCACAGGCUCUGUGCAGCUCCCUGUCGGGGAUCAUCGCCACCCGCGCUGUGUUUGAGGCCGUCGGGGUCGGGGACGGCGCCGCCACCCCCAUGGGAGCCACCCUCACCUGGCUGCUGCGGGACGGAGUUGGGAUGGUGACGCGCAUCGCCUUCGCCUCCAUUCAGGGGAGCGCCCUGGACUGCGAGGCCAAGCAGUGGCGGUUGGCUGCUGACGUCAUCAACGACGCGGCGCUGCUAUUGGAGCUGUCGGCCCCCGCCUGGCCCGGCGCGGCGCCUCUGGUGUUGGCGGGGGCGGCGGCGGCACGGAGCGUGGUGGGGGUGGCGGGCGGCGCCACGCGGGCGGCCAUUGCGGUGCAUCAGGCGAGGAGGGACAACGCGGCCGAGGUGGCGGCCAAGGAUGGCAGUCAGGAGACGGUGGUGAACGCGCUGGGGUUGCUGCUGGCGCUGCUGCUGCUGCCGGUGCUGGAAGGACGGCCGUGGCUGACGUGGCUCCUGGUGCUGCUGCUGACGGCGGCCCACCUGGGGGCCAACAUGGCGGCCGUGCGCUCUCUUUGCAUCCCCACCCUGAACCGACCCCGACUCCGCCUGGCGCUCAGCGGGGCCUUACGGGGUCUCAGCGGGGCCUUACGGGGUCCCACCGACCCCAAAAGCCCCACCCCAAAUAAGGGGGGGGUCACCGUGGCCGUCCCGACCCCCCGCGAGGUCAACCCCAAAGAGCCGCUGCUGCCCGGUUUCAGCAGCCGCCUCCGCCUCCGCCUGGGAGCCCCCAAACAGAGCCUGGUGGGGAGCGAAGCGGAGUUCCGGAAGGCUGUGGAAUGCGGCAGUCCCGAUUACAUCAUCGUGCUGAGACCCAGCCAAGGUUGGGUCGGGGUGGGGUUGCGGGAUGGGGCCCCCCCCGACGCCCCACUGCGGGGCUGCGCCCACGCGCUGCUCCUGGAGGAGCUCCUGGGAGCCGACCUCCCCCCCAUGGCACCUAUGGGUGCUGCCCUCAGACCCCUACAGCAGCGCCUGCGCCGGUGCCCUCCGGGCUCCGUCCCAUGGGCGACGUUGGCCGAAAUCUCCCGCCUAUGGGACACAUUGGGACCCGCUUUCCUUCGCGGAUUGGAGGACGCCGGUUGGUCGACGCGACGCCACCAGUUGGCCGCCGACGAAUGGCGGCUCCAGUGGGCGGGGCCUAGGCCGGAAAGCCACGCCCACCCUUCGCUGACCACGCCCACAUGAGCCCCGUCCAAUCAGAACGCGGCCCUCCUUAUCCCCGCCCCUCAACGAGCCACACCCACUUCCGGCCACGCCCCACCAUCUGUAGGCUCCACUCCUCCAUUGGCCCCUCCAUUAUCAACAAGCCCCGCCCACCUUGACCACGCCCCCAAAUCCUUCCAACCAAUGGUCACGCCCCCUUCAUAAGCCCCACCCACCCAUGACCGCUCCCCUCUUUAAGCCACGCCCAUCCCUGACAACGCCAAGCCCCGCCCACCAGACCACGCCCCCUCCAUAAGCCCCGCCCAUCCAUGACGAUCAUUCCAGUAAGCCCCGCCCACCCCUGACCACGCCCCUCCCUGAGCCAAUCCCAGCCCUGACCACUCUGCCUCCAUAAGCCCCGCCCAGCAAUGACCACGCCCCCCACAAGCCCCGCCCACAUUGAGUGUUCCCAAGCUCCGCCCACCAAUGACCACGCCCCCUCCCUGAGCCAAUCCCAUGCCUGGCCACGCCCCCAAACCCCACCCACAUUGACCACGCCCCCAUUAUAAGCUUCUUUUACAAGCCCCGCCCCCUAUAUGACCCGCCCGCUGCUGACCACGCCCCCCUCUUCAAGCCAAUCCCUUCCUUGGCCACGCCCCCUGACCCCACCCACCAAUGGCCAUGUCUCCCCAGUAAGCCCCGCCCACCCUUAUAAAUCCCCCUCCAUAAGCCCCGCCCAGCAAUGACCACGCCCCAAACAAGCCCCGCCCACAUUUGAGUGUUCCCAGGCUCCGCCCACCAAUGACCACGCCGCCCUCCCUAAGCCAUUCCAUCCCUGACCACGCCCCCUGACCCCACCCACCAAUGGCCACGUCCCCUCCAUAAGCCCCGCCCACAUUCUGAUUUCUCAUGCCCCGCCCACCAUUGACCACGCCCCCUGCCUAAGCCAAUCCAAUCCCUGACCACGCCCCCUCCGUAAGCCCCGCCCAUAUUUUCUAGUGUUCCUAGGCUCCGCCCACCAGUGAGCACGCCCCCUCCCUGAGCCAAUCCCAUCCCUGGCCACGCCCCCAAGCCCCGCCCUCAUUGACCUUGCCCCCUUCAUAAGCUCCUCCUCCGUCCCCAAGGCCCCGCCCACAUUUCAAAGCGUUCUCAAGCCCCGCCCAUUAUUGACCACGCCCCUCCCUAAGCCCCGCCCACUCCCGACCACGCCCCCUUUCCAAGCCCCGCCCCCUCUGCGUCCAUCCUCCAAAAAAAAAACCCCCCAAAAACACCAAAAAGUGCCAAAAAACCCAGAGCAGAAAUGACCAUUUUGGGACAACGGGAUCAAACGGCCCCAUUUUGGGGCGAAAAAACCUCCAAUUUUUGUA